AUGGCCCAUGAGACUGUGGCACACCCUACCGAGGGCGGGGACGUCAGUGUCGGCAGCAUUGGCGGCCAGUCCACCUGCAGCGGGACUUCGGCAAAGCCCCAGUGCGACGUCGCCAAGUGCCGACCCUCAGCAGCAGGAGCCCGCAGAGGCAAGCGUCGACAGCGGAGCCACAGGCGCUUCACCUUCCACAGCGUCAAUGCCAGCCUCAGCUGGGGCAACGUUGUGGGCUACCUCCACGGCGCGGCACACCAGCAGCUCACCGAGGGCAAGAUUCCGAUCAUCGGUUCCCAGGAGCACGGCAAGCGGCGUUUAUGGGCCGAAGAGAGCGCACGGGCCCUGCUGCCCUUGGGCUGGAGGGCCCUGCCCACGCCAGCGAUGGACGGCCCGAAUGGAGGGGCCUCGGCGGGCGUCUUGCUGGCGAUACCUGCCUGCGUCGGCGUCACUCUUGCAUCUGGACAGCGACACUGGGACAUAUCUCCCCCAGGUUGUGCAGGCAGGCUCCUGAUGGCCACCCUCGAGGCCAAGGGCAUCGGCAAGUUAUUGGUUUUCUGUGCGUAUUGCUUCACUGGUCAGAAGUUGGCGUCUGUGGGCAAUUCAGCUCUCCUGUCAGUUAUCACGGGGUGGGCAGUCCAGCUCCAGCUGCCCUGGAUCGUCAUCGCGGACUGGGAGAAUCUACCUGGCGCUUUGGAGCGUUCGCCGUGGAACAACCAGCUCAGAGGCCGCGUCGUAGCGUGGCAAGGGGAAGGGGGCACCAACCGCUCCCCGCACGGUGAGCGCGUGAUCGAUUAUUUCUGGAUGCACUCCAGUUUGGCUGCCAAUAUUUCCCCAGCCCGCAUUGACGACGACGCGGUCUACCACCCUCAUAGAGCCACAUGGGUCGAGUUUCAGCAGCCUUGGUCGGCCUUUACCUACACCAAGCUCAUCCGACCCCACAAGUUCCCGAUCCCAGGAGUCAAGCCGAGGCACUUCGAUCUCUCGUGCCCAGACGUGCCUGCAGGUUUCGACCCCGAUGCGGUGCCUACCCAGGAGCUCCUGGACGACACCUGGGAGGCUUUCUGCCACGCCGCCGAGGAGGAGCUGAUCCAGAAGGCCAUCGCUUCGUACGGGGAGGCCAAGCGUUGGAGGUGGUUUGCCAACGAGUUGGCUUGGCUGGGCAUCAUUGAAGUAAAGCUUUUCAGCUACACGGGCGCUUCCGACCUGGUCCUCACCACGUUGCACCAGCAGCGGCACGCCUCCAUCCGCAAGUUGCGUGACCGCUUCAGGCACCACAUGCUGUUAGAAGGCGUGGCUGAGUUGCAGGAGUCCUUCGAGGUUUUCACGUCUCGGGACCGCGGCUAUGAAGACUUGCAGGAGCUCUCGGCUUGGCGCCUCAGCUGCAGUCAGUACGCCUCGUACUUGGAGUGGCAGAUCGGCAAGGAACGACGAGAUUCCUUCAAGCAGCGGUUGGAGGACGACUUCCCAGGCUCGCAGGGGCUCCCCCACAGGGUCACCAAGUGGCGCCAGGCUUGGCAGGCUCCCAAGGGCAGCAUCUCCAAGAAGCUGCUCCCAGCGGCGCCUCAGGCCGCCGUGGACCAGGAGUUGCACGACUGGUCGAAGCCGUGGAGGGGCCUCCAGCAAGUCGCCGUCACGCCGCCCAGCCCUCACCACCUGCGCGGUUUGGCCCAGCGUUUCAGGGCCAAGACGGGGAUUGGCGUGGACGGAUGGCAACCCAAGCUUUGGGCCUACCUCACGGACGGCACGCUCUCGGUGCUCGCGUCAUUGCUGGCCUGGUGCCAACAACUGGGGCGGUGGCCGUCCCAGGUCCACCUCCUGCUCGUUUUCAUCAUCGGGAAGCUCGAUGGAGGGGGCCGACCCAUCAUUCUUCUACCUGGCCCUUGCCGAAUCUGGGAGGCGUGGCAGCUGCCCACCAUCAGGAGCUGGUUGGCGGCGCACCCCAGGAGCUACGACUACACGGCGGCGGGCCAAUCAUCGGAGCGUGCGUUGUGGAAAGCUUUGUUGGACGACGAGCUCGUGUUGGGCACAGGCAUACGUGCGGCCACGAUGCUGGCGGACCUCGCCAAGUGUUAUGAGAAGGUUCCGCAUGAGCGUAUGUGGUGGCUAGCAGCUUGGUGGGACGGCCCGCUGGAGGUGGUCGCGCUCGCCCUGGAAAGUUUCGCCUUUGGCCGUGUCAUUCGUCUCGGGGAGGCCUGCUCGGCGGAGGUCUUGUCCUCCACAGCGCUCCCAGCGGGCAGCCGUUUCGCGCCCACCUUCCUGAGGUUCUACCUCACGCUGUGCUUAGACGACCUGCUGGGGGUUUUCCGCCUCACGAUCUACUUGUACGUUGAUGACAUCGCCCUGCGGGCCAUGUCCACCGAGGCGCGCGUCUUGCACAUGCUGCCGCAGGCCACGCGCUUGCUGGUUUGGAUGCCGGAGUCCUUCUUGGGCCUGGAGGUAGCCCGAGCGCGGGACGGGGCGAGAGGCAAGUGCUCUUUCCUGCAAACGGCCACUCCGUCUUCAGGCUUGACGCAGGCCACGGCCGUCCUGGGAGUACCGCCCAGCACCUCCGAGCGGUGGCUCGGCAUCGACUACGGCCCCAGCGUCAAGACAGAGAACCAGUCAGCCCCAGUCAGACACGCGCGGCUCAAGAUAGCCAAGCAGCGUUGGCCUAAGAUCCGCGGCCUUCCUCGUGCACGCGGGGGCAAGCUCAAGAUGGUCGUGCGGCAGGGCUUCGGAGCCUCGGUCGCCUACGGCGCCCGUGUCCGCGGCACGCCCAGGCCCAUCGUGCGUUUCAUCCAGCAGAAGGAUCGGGCCGUCCGCAGGGGCGCCACAGCUUUUACCUCCCGAGUCUUGCACGACGGCCUCGACCCCAGUUGCCCCGACACCCUCGUUCUGGCACCGCUGCUGGCUUGGGCGAGGGAAGCUUGGGACCACCCAGAGGGGCGGCGUGCGCAGGCCACAGCAUGGGCACGAGUGCAGCAACAGCUCGCGCUGCACAUGGACGCCGACGCUCAGGAGUUGUGGUCAGUGGUGCGCGGCCCAGCGGGGGCCACCUCAGUCACAGUUCGAGCCCAUGGUUGGAGCAUGCCGUCAGCCUUCGAGAUUGUCUUGCCUCCACGUGGCGGGGUGCUCCAAGGAGGGGACGUCCAUCUUGAUCUACUGCAGAUUUGCCCCAAGUCGGUCGAGGCCGCCGUGCUUUUGGCCGCCCGUUCCAGAGCCCUGUGCCAGUGGGCGGCGGCUCAGCCCGAGCGGGCUGCGCCCCUGCCAGCGCCGUGGCUCACCCCAGCGAGGCAGUUGGUCAAGCGGCGCAAGCAGGACGGGUGGCUGCAACACCAUGCCGACGCGGUCAAGAAGGCGGUGUUGGGCGGUUCCCCUUCGCAGGAGGCCCUUUUCUCUUCGGGCCAAGCGGACACUCCGCAUUGCCAGCUUUGCGACGACACGACCUGUUUCGGCACCCACCAGCACUAUUACUGGCGGUGCGGCAGCCCGACGUGUGCUACGGUGAGGGAGCAGCUGACGGCCCACGACGCGUCACCUACCUUCAGAGACGUCGGCCACCUGGGCGUGUCGGCCUCCUCGUCGGAAGCCUCAAGAUGGUUGUGGGAGCGGGGUUUGCGGCGAACCCCAUGUUACGGCUUGGCUUGGAGUCUACCGUCGCAGCGCACCCAUUGCAUCGUCAAUGGCGCGGCCCCCGAGCUCACCGAUGUGCUGGUUUCGGACGGAUCAGUCACAGGCUUGGAUGACCUCAGGCACGGCGGCUGGGCGGCUUUGCAGUGCACAGCGGAGGCCGACGACGUGGUGCAGGGCCUGUACGGCCCACUGCCCUUUCCCGACCCCAGCUCGGUCCUGGCAGAGUUGUGGGGUCUCCUCCACGCCCUCAGGCAUUCGGUCUUCAUCACGGCCAUCAUCAUUGACAAUGCUCAGGUGGUCCAAGGCUUGGCUCGUGGCAGGGCAUGGUGUUGUUCAGCGGCCAGGCCCUAUGCGCACGUCUGGCUCGAGAUCUGGGAUCGCCUGGAUGACAUGGACAUCCUUCCUGGCAGAGAGUUGUCGGUCAUCAAAGUCGCCUCGCACAUAUCGCAGGCCAAACGCCUAGAGCUGCCAGAGGAGGUCCAGAUUCACAUGAGGCACAAUGACUUAGCCGACGAAUGGGCCAAGCAAGGAGCAGACCUCAGCGCGCCGCCAGAGUGGGCCACGUUGCAGGUCAAGCAGGAGCUCAAGGCCACCAAGCGCGUGCUCGAGUACAUCGGGCACUUCAGGGUCCUCCUCGACGGGGUCAAGUUGGCGGAGCCUAGGCCCAAACGACAGCAGGGCCAAGAGGCCAACAUUCCUCAGGCUGCACGACCCCAGGCUGGUCCCAGGCACCCGCACGUUCUGGAAGUGUGCCGCGGUUAUUCCAAGUGCACCAACUGCGGCAAGGUUGCCCGCACUCGCCUCGCGGCCUUUCAGUUGCAGGAGUGCCGUGGUCGUCUCCAAGGGCUCCAGGGCAAGUUAGUCAAGAGUGCGGCCAAGAGAGGCAGUGUGGCGGUGCCUCUUCUCGUGGCGGCAGGCGCCGCCGCUCGGCCUGUGCGACAGCGAGCAGACCAUGGAGGUCAGGGUGAGCCUCGAGUAGUGCCCGACCCUGCGCCUGCCUCCCAGCUGGGCCCCGACCCGCUGUGGGCUCCUGUCGCAGCAGCCCGCGCGGCUCUUGGCAGGAUGGAGCGGAUACCUGACGGCCCUGUGUGCAUGGGAACCCCGCCAAGCCAGCCACACAUCACGCCCGAACAGCAGCAUGUCCGUUCCAUCAUGGACGAUGCCAUCAUCUGGGCGUCUUUCUGGAUCGAUCGUUUCGACGUGGCAGGCUUCACCAACGAGUGGGACUACCGUACGUGGUGUUCGGAAUAUCUUGAAAGGUUUCUCAGCUCGGCGGCGUGGGCACCAGUUCGAGAGCAUCUUCUACGUAGCAACCCUGGCCGCACUCUCGGGCAGGUCGUCGACGACCUAUGCGCCACCUCUUGGACGCGUGCCGAACCAGCCCGUCAGGCUCAGUUCGCCAGGGUGCGGCCUGACUCGGGUUUGACAGCCAGGCAGCGCCGUCGGCUGCUUCGGCAUCACUUCGAUGUGUUGAACCAGGUCAGGGAGCGUUUCAGGGAUCUUCUUGGAGAUCGUGCCCCGCCUGAGACGGCCUCCUGGCACCAGUGGGUCUUCGAGCCCCUCUCCUCGGAUGACGACCAAGGAGGUGAUGCGGCAGGCCGCGCCGCCGAGGACGCCCAUGGCUACGACGAUACCGACGAGUUCGCGGCCCUCAGCGUGCACAGCGACCUCGAGGUGGUGGAGGCAGACGGCAAGGCCACGCAGGCCACAGGCACCCAGGCGUCAGAGCGCGAGUCGUCGCCCAAUCCCGACCUCGCCCCCAGGGCACUCCAGCCACAGGAGGAGGGAGCUCCAGCGGGAGGGGCGAGGCGGGAGGGUGUUUUGCGGAUCCGCAGUGCGGCAGCCACCUGUUCCCAGGACGUGGACGACGGUGCUACGGCUGGCGCUGGGGCAGCUCCGGUUCCCACGGUGCCGCCUGCUGCUCAACCCGCUGGCGAGCCUGGAGCUGAUCAGGGCGAGUUGGCCAGCUCCCUGGACGUGGACGGCAAGGCUGCCACCCAGGCAGCGGCCGCUGUGCGCUCCGCCCCCUUGGCGGCACACCAAGCUCGCGCUGGCCAGGGCAGCCUGAAACACGGUGGUAAGGCCCCAAGGACUGGUUCCUCAGCAUCCUCGGCGGCGGCGGCGGGCUCCGGCCAGGGCGGCCUGGCACCGCUGGCGGGGUCCCCGCCGCCCUCGGCUGGGGCUGCGGCGGCCUCGGAGCCAGAGCGGGGUGCGCGCGGGCGGGCGGCCUCUGCCCAGCCCGCCAGGAGUGGCCAGGCGCUGCCUGAGGCGGCCAGAGCCGCUUCAUCGGAGCCUCGGCCACAUACGGUCGAGAUCAUUGGCAACUUCGUGGUCUGCGUCGUGCGCGGUUCCUACUACAGCUCGGUGGCCAGGAACCUCGGCGGGCCGUGCAGGCGGCUGGACCCGCGCGACCCAGGCGACAAGGAGCGCCUCAGGCGCAUUCGCCGCAUCCAGCGCGGCCAGGACCCAAAGACUGGAAGGGAUCUGAGUUGA